AUGAAUAGGGCAUCGCAAAGCAUCGCCCAAUACACCAGCAACUCCCAUCAUAUGAAUAGGGCAAAAGAUUAUGUUAUGAAAUCCUUGAAAAAAGAGGAUAAAUCGAAAUAUAGCUGCUACACCAAAACUAGGCGCAAAGAACCAACAUAUCGAAUCACUACUACUAUUGUGGAUCAGCCAUUGGUCAAGUCUAAGGAAUCUCAUCAACCGCCGCCGCUCUGCGGCAGUGAUCGCACAGAUUUUUGCUGUCACCACCUCUCGCGCUCUUAACAGAAAAUUUCCAAAUGUUAAGGAAAAAAGUAGACAUGAAAUCGACUAUGGAGAACCUCCCAGGCGAAGUUUUAUCAAACAUUUUCAUCCGAUUAUUGGCCAAACAACUUUCUCAAAUGAGGUGCGCAUGUAAAUCUUGGAAUGCUCUCUUAUCCGAAUCCUCCUUCAUAAAAUCCCACCUCCAUCACUCUAUCCAUCACAACGAUGAGAUUCUCUUGUUCUUCAGCCGAGUAUUUUCUUUUAACAAUAGUCAAUUCAUAGCAAACCCCUUUCCAUUCACAGCACACCCAUCUCGUUCUCCUGAUCUCAAACUCAAUCUGAGUAAUUUCUUCAAACUCCCGGUUAAACCCAAAUCUGAAUAUAGUCAUGGCAAUGUCAUUGGAUCUAUAAAUGGCUUGAUAUGCUUUAAUUACGGACCAUUUUCUUUGCCCACCCGUGAUUAUGCAAUUUACGUUUGGAACCCUUCUCUAUCGGCGGUGUUAACUCUCCCCCCAUGUCCUCUUCCCUCGGGUGAUUCUAAGACAAAAACCAAUUUUCGGUUUGGGUAUGAUCCCAAAACUGAUGAUUACAAAGUUGUUAAGCUUACAAGCAUUGUACCACAAGUUGCGGUUUAUAGCAUGAGAAAGGGUUCAUGGGACUUAAUUACUCAAAGGUUUCCGUUGAAUAUGAGAAUAAUUAUGCGUAAACCCGAAGUUUGUGUAGAUGGCCAUAACGGCCGACUUCAUUGGCUUUGUUAUACUAAAUUUAAGCGGAAGUUAGAAAGGAUAGUGGCAUUUGAUUUGGGUGCAGAGACGUUCAGUGUGAUACCUCUUCCAGAUUCUAUACUACAACACAAUGAUCAACACAGGUGGAAUGUAUUUGGUGUUUUAGCCGGAAAGCUUUGUGUGAUGUCAAGGGUUAGAGAUGGUGAUUGUGAGGUGUGGGUGAUGGAUGAUUAUGGGGUGGCUGAAUCAUGGGUCAAACGUCAUGUAUUUUCCCAGUCUAGUGGUGCUAUUUAUCCAUAUGGAUUCACAUUACACAAUGAAUUCCUUUUUCAAGUCGACAUUGAUCGUUUUGCUUUGUAUGAUCCAAUUGCAGCCAAGCCUAAAAACUUUGAAAAUCCGUGUCCUCUAAAUGUCGUAGAUAAAGUUGUGCAGUAUGUUGACAGUCUUGUUUGGGUAGUACCUGCUGAGCGUGAGGUGAGCUGCUACAGCAUCUCUCAAUUUCCAAUUUGAAGGCAACACAUCAGAUCUACUUUUUCCGUUUUUGAUAUAUCUACUCUCCGUGAUUCUAUAUUUCUUGAUUAGUUUCCUGUCUAGUAUCAUUUUUUAGUGCAUUACAUCUACAGCGACUCUUGUCACCAUGAUGCAUUU